CCGACUUCGGUCAUAGUUCCUUCAUACUCUCCGUAGUCCAAACCUCGUGAUUGUCUCUCUGUGUACACACGGCGAAGAAUUUGGGAUUCCUUUGUUCCCGGAGUCGGAGAACAACUCAUAGUUUGCAGCAGUGAUGAAUAUUAGGAUUGGAUUUGAGCUGUUGUUUGGUUUUAUCUUUGGCAAGCUUGAAGUGAGCCAAGCCUGGGCCUCGGUCGGGGUAGAUUGAUUUGCUAAUCAGAUUGGCCUCAGAUGUUUUGCCAUUUUGUAGUAAGGAUUUGAAAAAUUAUAUAGUGGAGAGGAGGAUGUGGAAAAGAAGAAGGAUAUAGUUCACUGGGAAUGGACAACGAAGACUCCACCCAGUGUGGUAAAUUUUGUAAUGAGAAGAAUGUGAAAGACUCUUCAAUGGAGAAUGGUUGAGUCUGUCUGAAACACCAUUGAUCAGUCCAACAGUUUUAACGUCAGGUGACUUUUCAGUUGAUGCAAAUAUGAAAGGAAGGAAGGAAGGAGAUAAUGGUGCUGCUAAUGACAAUCCCAACUUGGGGCUAACAAAGGACGUAGAGAACUUGAGCUUUCCAAUUACAUCAAAUGGGAUUGAUGGACCCACUGCAACAAUGGUGGAAAACCUUGAGGGCAGCAAUAAUGACAGGAAUACAUUUAGCUUUGGCCAGGGAGCAAUACAAUAUAUCCCAAUUAUCGGUGCAGAUGAUGGUCCAGAAAGAAUAGGGGAUCUUAGUGAGGGCACUUCACAACUUCUUACAGCCUCAAAAGAAGUUACUGAGUUGUCUCAGUCUCUUGAUUUUGAAAGAGAUGCACAUAUCUGGGCACCCCCUCAACCGGAAGACCCGGAGGAUGAUGUGGAGCACGGUGUGGCUGACAAUUAUGAUGACGACGACAAGUGUUAUGGCACAAAGUGGGUCCAACCAUGUUCCCUAAAUAGCUUUGGCAAAGAAGGCGGUGGCAGCUUCAGGUUUAAGGAGGAACAAAAGAAGGAACUUAUUGAGGUGAUGAACGGGGAUUUCAAGGACUUCAUAAGGCGACUUCUUGCAUCAGAGGGCAUUACCUUUUCUGGGGAUCCUGGUGAAAAUUGGGUGGACAUAGUUACCUCUUUAUCGUGGGAAGCUGCAUCACUUGUGAAGCCUGAGGCCAUUGAGGGAAAAGCAAUGGAACCUGAGGGUUUUUUGAAAGUGAAAUGUAUUGCAACUGGUUCUCGGAGUCAAAGUCAAGUGAUUAAAGGCUUGGUUUUUAAGAAGCAUGCUGCACACAAGCACAUGCCAACCAAUUAUGAGAACGCUAGACUGUUGCUGAUCCAGGGCACGCUUGGACAGAGUCCAGAUGGUUUAUAUUCUUUUACUUCAAUGGGGCAGGUGAAGGAUAAUCUGAAGUCUUUUGUUGAGAUGAUAGAGAUGUGCCACCCUAAUGUGGUCUUAGUGGAGAAAUCUGUUUCUCGUGAUGUGCAAGAAUCUCUUCUUGCCUUAGGUAUAACGCUGGUUUUUGAUAUGAAGCUCCAUCGCUUGGAGAGAAUUGCUCGUUAUACUGGUUCACAGGUUGUCUCUUGUACUGACAAUUUGAUGAACCUAAAACUGAAACAUUGCGGCUCCUUCCAUUUUGAAAAGUUUGUAGAAGAACAUGGUGGUGAUGGUGAAGGUGGAAAAAAGCCGAGGAAAACAUUAAUGUUUCUUGAGGGCUGUCCUAGGCCGUUGGGCUGCACGAUUUUACUGAAGGGAGCUCCUAGUAAUGAAUUAAAGAAGAUUAAAUAUGUGGUGCAGUGUGCAGUUCUUGCAGCAUAUCAUUUAAUCCUGGAGACUUCUUUCCUUGUGGAUCAAAGGGCAAUGUUUUCCUCCUUCCAUUAUAAUGGCCUGGCAAAUGGAUAUUUGACAAAUCAACAAUCUAUUGUUGGCUUAGAGGACUGCCAAGCCAACAUUACUCUGCCAUGUAUUACUGCAAAUCCCCCUUCAGAUGAAUUCCGAGAAGGCCCUGUAGAUGAAAGGGGGCCUACAGACUCACACUUGGUUUUGCAAAGCAACGAUACAUCAUCUGUCUCUAGUCCUGAUAUCAGCUUGUAUCAGAGUACUUUUGGUGAAAACGAUUCGACUAGUCAAAUUAUGCCCGAUAAUAGUGAUGUCUGUCAUCCUGAGACAUCUUUUGAGCCACACACACCAACAAUUCUUCCUGUGCAGUUCUUAUCAUCACUGUCAGUCUCUCUCAAGAAAGUUCUUGGGAAUGGAUUUCCUAUUGUCUCCUCUACUUCUUAUCUGUCCUUCCCCACUUACUUUGGGUUGAAGGAUAUGGAGCAAAAAGGUCAGAAUGAAGCCACCUUUCCAGGAGCAAAAUCUCCUGAGCGACUCAAUUUUUCUGAGAUGGAAGAGAAAGGUGGUGCCAAUGAUGUGAAGCCACGUGAUGUUGAGAAAGCUGAGUCUUUGUCAGCUUUCUAUGAAGCACCUGCGGUUCCAAUAAAAAAGUGUGCUAAUGAUGAAAAGAAGCAACAGAAUGGAGCCAUUACUGUCUUAGAUGGACAGAGCAUUUUAUUUUUGAUGUCUAUCAGGAAUAUUAUAAGAGGAACUGUCUGUGAGCACAGUCAUCUUUCUCGUAUCAACUUCUACAGGAGUUCUGAUAUACCUGUUGGGCGAUUCUUGCGUGAUUAUAUACUCAAUCAGAGGCACCAAUGCUCUACAUGUGGUGAGCCACCAGAGGCUCAUGUUUUCUGUUAUGCACACCAUAAUGGGAAGCUCACAAUACGAGUAAAAAAGCUUCCAACGGAAUUACAUUUGCCUGGUGAGGCAGAAGGGAAACUUUGGAUGUGGACCCGGUGCUUAAAAUGUAAAUCUGAGAAUGGAAUUCCAAAACCUACGCAAAGAGUGGUGAUAUCCACUGUGUCCCGUAGGCUAUCGUUUGGGAAGUUCCUGGAGCUCUGCUGUUCAAAUGAUUCCACUUCGAGUAGGUUAUCCAGCUGUGGGCAUUCCCUGUACAAUGACUCCCUGUUCUUCUAUGGUCUGGGCUCCAUGGUUGCAAUGUUUAGAUACUCUUCAGUUGAUAUUUAUGCUGCAUAUAUGCCCCCACAAAUUCUGGAGUUCAACUAUCCAAUUGGACAAGAAUGGCUUGAGAAAGUAGCUGACGAUGUGCUUAGGAAAGGAAGAACACUGUUUUUGGAGGUAGGAAACUUGUUACAGAAGUUGAGAUCUGAAUUUUCGUCCUCACUUUCAAACAGACGUCUGAUCCUCCAAGGUUCAGAGAAAGAUCUUUCUGAAGUUGAGGAGAUGUUGAAGCAAGAAAAAUCUGAUUUUGAGGAACUCAUUCAGAAAGCACUUGAUAAGAAUGUCAACCUAGGGCAGACGGCGCAUAAGCUUCUCAGCUUGAAUUGUUUACUCUCUGAACUUGUGCUUGAGUCAUAUGUAUGGGAUCGGCGUUUGCAUUCUCUUAAAUUACAUGAUUCUCAGGUAGUUAACGGUUGUACGGAUGAUAAAGUAAAAUGCGACAAACAUCUAAAGUUGCAAAGGGAUGGCAUUUCUGGUGGAAGUAUCAAGGAAAAUAAUACUUCACCCUGUGUUGAAGAAGUAUUAGAUGUUUCUUCUGUUGCUUGUAUUGCUCCAAUCAACAAUAAAGUGUCUCAAUCUUCUUCUCACUGCAAUAAUGCCAUAAACGGUAUUAACAACCUAGAAACAAAGCCGGAAACUAAAUUGGAGGAAAGGUCUAUCACGGAACAUGAAAUUCCGAUUGCAGAUGCCCAAGUUUCUGAGCCUCUUUGUGAUGGUUUGGGCCACAGCUCUGAGAUCCAAAAUGGUACAGUGAAUUGGUCUAUUGACAAUGAGGGUGGUGGAAAUCCAAAUCAAGGUGGUUCGAACCUUGUUGGUUCACAUAGUGAUGAAUCAAAUACAUCCACUUCGGACAGAGUAUCAAACAACUCUUUUCUAGUUCAAGACUCCUACAGUGGACCAUCUUAUUCCUCUUUUUGUCUUCCUUCAGGGGGUGAUAAUAAUCUAGAGAUAGAUUCUCCCAUUGCCAAUCGAGUACUGGUGGAUCAUACCAUUCCAGUUAAACCAGAUGUAUUGAGACACAGUGAGUCUACGCCCAAUAUGGUUAUUAAUGGCACAAUGGGUGAAAUAUCCGCGAAGUCGGGGAUCCGUUCUUGGUCAGUGAAUUCUGGGUUGUUUAACUUAGCUGAUUCUGAUGGUUGGGUUUGGAAUCCUUUUUCAGAAACUCGCAAGGCAUUUAGGAAGGAUAUUCACAGAGGUAAACCACAGAAGUUUGAAUUCAUCAAUAGCUACACUCCAGAAUGCUUAUCCUCAGCCCGAGAAUUAAUCACCCAAGACGGAUUUAGGUGCCAAAUCCCACUUAAAUAUGAUGAUGGUCUUGUGUCAGUCUAUGAGGAUGAGCUCACCAGCAUAAUUUCCUGCAGUCUUGCUUUGUUGCAUGAUCGACAUAGUUCAACUGAAGAUGUGCAUGGCCUAUUUCCCGGGGUCUCAAUAGCUUCACCCUUUUGGUCUUCAACCCGUUCUGUGGAUUUAGAGGGAUUUAAUGGAACUCUUUCCUCAGAAGAAUCAUAUAACCUUAGUUCUGAUAGGUUAAAUCCUGAGGAUCCCUUGUCAUCUUCAGAAGGGUUUCAUCCAGUGAUUCCCAUUGGGGUUGGGAAACUACCUGGGAAGGGUAAAUAUUCAGUUGUUUGCUUGUAUGCAAAUCAAUUCCGUGCUCUUCGAAGACGAUGUUGUCCAUGUGAGCUUGAUUAUAUUGCUUCUCUCAGCCGUUGUAAGAAUUGGGAUGCUAAAGGUGGGAAGAGUAAAUCAUUCUUCACUAAGACACUGGAUGAUAGGUUUAUUGUGAAGCAGAUUAAAAAGACCGAAUUCGAUUCAUUUUUGAAGUUUGCACCAGAUUAUUUCAAGUACAUGAAUCAAUCUUUCAGUACAGGGAGCCAGACUUGCCUUGCCAAAACUCUAGGUAUCUAUCAGGUCAUCAUUAGACAACCUAAGAGUGGGAAAGAGCUGAAAUAUGAUCUUAUGGUGAUGGAGAACCUUACCUUUGGUCGAAACAUAACACGCCUUUAUGAUCUUAAAGGUGCUUUGCAUUCUCGACACACUCCAGAUGCUGAUGCCCCAGGAAAUGUUCUUUUGGAUCAGAACUUUGUUGAUGACAUGAAUAUGUCUCCAUUAUAUGUCAGUGGGGAAACUAAGCAUCUCUUGCAACGGGCUAUUUGGAAUGAUACAUCUUUCCUCACUUCAAUUAAUGUCAUGGACUACUCUUUACUUGUGGGAGUGGACACUGAGCAUCGUGAACUUGUAUGUGGUAUUAUUGACUAUCUGAGACAGUAUACAUGGGACAAACAUCUUGAGACAUGGGUUAAGUCCUCCCUUGUUGUCCCCAAGAAUGUGACUCCAACUGUUAUCUCCCCAAAAGACUACAAAAAAAGAUUCAGGAAGUUCAUGUCUGAAAACUUUUUAAGUGUCCCCAAUCAUUGGACACUGCAGAAACCUGUGUGCAAUUGCAAGUUUUCUGUCAACAACAAUGAUAAUUCUUCUCAGUUGAGAAAUGAGGAGCAGAGAAGAGAAAGGAUAUAACUUUCAACCUGGAUGUCAUUUACCCAGUCUCUAGCUUUUCUUGUGGUCAAGUGUUCAGCAAUUCGUUUUGUCAGUUUUUAGUCACUGGACAGAGGAUUUAUUACAGUUGUAUACCCCACCAUGCCCAUAUGUUUUAUUUUGGGGAUUCUUCUUAAUAUUUGGGGUUUCGUUUCAUCUUUACAGAUCCAAUUAGUCGAUUCAUUCUUUCUUUUUAAAUGUUGAUAGAGUUGUUCAAUGAAGCUUGUAAAAGAUAUUCAGACAAUGAUUAAUAAAUGAUAUAUGCAUUACUUUUUGAACC